UCAUGAUCUCAUCUGCAUGUAACCCCAUCCUUUCCCUUUCUCCGUUUUCUCCCUCGAAUUUCUCAGGGAAAGAAAUCCGCAAGAAAAUUAGCCCAAAAAACCAUUAAAAUUUUUUAACAACCCACAAUUGAAAAGAAAAGAAAAGGAAAAAAAAAAAAAAACCCAACCCCUCCCAAAGGGAAACGCUUUUUUUUUUUUUUGUCCCGCGCAGCUCCCUUUCUCAUUCUCUUCCUCAAUCAAAUUCCCCAAUCUAGGUCCCAAAUUAGAGCCUUCUUUUACUGAUUCUUGAAUAUUCUUUCGUUUUAAUUAACCCUAGGGAUAACAAUUGGGUGACCCGAACCGGAAUUCUUGAUGGAAGAAAAGAGUGCCGGUGGUGGAGGAGGAGCCGGUAGUGGUGGUGGUGAUUCCUCGAGAGUGGUCGUGCCGAAGGUGAUGAAGGCUGGUGACCGGCAAGUUUUCACGGUUGAGCUCCGACCAGGAGAGACCACGUAUGUUUCCUGGAGGAAGCUUGUCAAAGACGCCAACCGGGCCAAUGGAUCUUCUUCCGCUGAGGCUGUGGUGGCGGCGCCAGCACCUGAGCCGCCUCCUAAUGCUCAUCCUAACCUCCAGUCUCGCAUCAACCCUGGACAAGCGGCUGAAAAAGAAGCGAAAGAUGAACCACCUCCAAAUCGAUUCAGUGCUGUUAUUGAGAAGAUUGAGCGUCUUUACAUGGGUAAAGAUAGCAGUGACGAGGAAGAACUGGAUGAAACUCCGGAUGAUGAUCAGUAUGAUACAGAAGAUUCUUUUAUUGAUGAUGCCGAGCUGGAUGAGUAUUUUGAAGUUGAUAAUUCAGCCAUAAAACAUGAUGGGUUCUUUGUUAAUAAGGGAAAGUUGGAAAGAAUAAAUGAACCUCCUGUGAUACCUAACCAGCAGGCCAAGAAAAGGCGAAGAAAAGACGCUGCAAAACCUCCUGGUGAGAGUGACGAAGGUUGUGUGCCAAAUAAACAUGUAAAGGCAGCAAAGAUGACUGCAGGGAGGGCUGAACCAUCUCUUGUGAAGGAUAUUUCUAAUUCUUCUCAGAAUUUGACUCCAUUAAAUGAACAAUAUAGGGAUUUAAAGGCUCAGAAUCAAUUAUCAUUUUCUGGUGUUUCUUCCAAGAAGAAAUCUUCUGAGACAACGCUAGCAUUGGAUUCUUCAUAUUUGAAAAUUCCAAAUGGUGAUACUUCUGUACCUUUGGCAGAUUUCAAGGACAUUGAAAAGUCGAAAGUGGGAUUUCUGCUGUCAAAAAAUGUUGUCAGUAGCAAAUUGAAAGAUGCAAUUGGAUCCUCUGAUAUUUUGUAUCAGAAAUACCAUGAUAAAAAUGCUUACUUACAAUCCAAAUCCCAACAUGGAAAACUAAUUGGCAAUAUUGACGAGCUUGAACAAUCAGUUCGACCGAAAGAAAAAAAUGGCAUCCGUGAACUGCCAGACAUUAAUGUUUCUGAUAGCAAACAUGCUAUGCUUUCAACAAAAUCUUCACACAUGCAGAAAAAGGAUGGUUCUACUCUUAGGCCCAAAAGUUCUGUACUUGAAAAGGCCAUUAGGGAGCUAGAGAAGAUGGUUGCAGAAUCAAGGCCGCCUGCUAUGGAAAAUCAAGAGGCUGAUACUUCAUCCCAAGGGAUUAAGAGGAGAUUGCCUAGAGAAAUAAAGCUCAAGCUUGCUAAAGUUGCUAGAUUAGCGCAGGCAAGCCAGGGGAAAGUUUCUAAGGAGUUACUAAAUCGCCUGAUGAGCAUCCUUGGUCAUUUAAUACAGCUAAGAACACUUAAGAGGAACCUCAAAGUCAUGAUUAGUAUGGGUGUGUCAGCAAAGCAAGAAAAAGAUGAUAGAUUUCAGCAGAUAAAGAAGGAAGUCAUUGAGAUGAUAAAGACAAGAAUUCCUUCUUUUGAGACAAAGAUGGUGGAGCCAUAUUCCAGAGCUUCUGAUGAUUUUCAAGAAAUUGGUUCUGAAGAAAGAGUUUUUAGAAGGAAAUUUAGCAUGGACACACCAUUGGAGAACAAGAUUUGUGAUCUUUACGACCUCUAUGUUGAGGGAUUGGAUGAAGAUGCAGGUCCACAAAUUAGAAAGCUUUAUGUAGAGCUUGCGCAGCUGUGGCCAAAUGGUAUGAUGGACAACCAUGAGAUUAAACGUGCAAUUUGUAGGGCAAAGGAAAGACGGAGAGCAAGGUACAAUAGACGUAAGGAUCAAGAGAAACUGAAGAGGGAAAAGUUGUUGGCACCAAGAUUGGAGGAGAGUGUUCGAGUAGAGUCAGCUUCAAGUGCUCAGCCCCAGCACGCGCGAGAGAGGUCGACUACUGAUUCUGGUAGUCAUGUUUUACCUUCAACUAAUAAGUCAAUUUCAAGCACAACAGCAGCUGCUGUCCGGAUUCCUAGUCCCUCAACAAACGGUUCCAGUCUUGACAGACUAAAACAAGAGAAGUUAAUGGGCAUUUCAAGCAAUGCCAUGGAUGAAAUAAAGGUGGCAGAUGGCUCACUGCCCAAGAAAAAGGUAAAAAGGAAGCCUGAAAUGGAGUUGGGUGAAUCUCAUUUCCUCCCAGAGAAGUUACCUCAGCAACAGGGUGACGACAGGCACAAGUCCAUGAAGCAGCCUGUGAAUCUACCUCCGAAAUCAACCUUUCCGCCAGCUGCUACUAGUUUCGAACAGUCAAGCUAACAUCAAGUCGUUCAUUUAGGGGUUCACGCCAUAAAAAAGGCGUGAUUAGGUGCCUUUAUUUAUUUAUUCCUUCUUUUGUUCUUUCCUUCUCUACUCAUUCUCACCUUUUAAUUUUGUUUCUUUUCUUUAUGAUGAGCUUCAUUCGCUCUGACCUACUGAUAUAUCACGUUAUCUGCCAGUACCAUUUUUGUAAUUAAAUGUUCUUUCUCUUGCAGUCAUGAGUUCUAUGUUAGGAAAUUAGCUCCUACAUCUCAUUCAUGAAGCAGGAGAUCUUUUUUUCUUUUCUUUUUAGACCCUCCAAAAGGUUAGGAGAAAAUUAUUUUUUUAAU